AUGGCUCGGAUCAACGGGACAAAGAAGCAUGAAGCGGACCUUCCACCUCCCUCAGUCUCAAUACAUGGAAUGAUUAUUCGAAAUGACUUUUCAAGAUGGGUACCUGUUCACGGGCGACGACACGAAAGCGAGGACGAAUGGAGAAAUGUGGUGGAAGACAGGAAAUUUGGCUUGCGUAAGGAUCUGGGUUUCACCACACCGGGGAUAAGGCGUUUGCGAGGUCCAUGCCCCUUCCGUUCCAACUGCCCCUCGACAUCCAUGACUUUGCAUAACGUGGUUUUCAUGAUUUUCUUUACAGAAGCUCUCUGGUAUUCAUCUGAUGUAGCGACUAAUGAGGAAGCUACUUGGCUUCCAUGA